AUGUCCAUCGACUUUCCCAAGGAAGAAGAGGUUGUCCUCCAAAGAUGGCGUGAGAUCGAUGCUUUCCUCCGACAGGUAGAACUAUCUGAAGGUCGGCCUCGCUACACUUUCUACGACGGACCUCCUUUCGCGACCGGCCUCCCUCAUUACGGACAUCUUCUCACUUCCACCAUCAAGGAUGUCAUCCCCCGAUACUGGUCCAUGAAGGGCUUCCAUGUCGAGCGUCGCUUUGGUUGGGAUACCCACGGCCUCCCUAUCGAGCACGAAAUUGACAAGAAGCUUGGAAUAUCCGGAAAGGCUGCUGUCAUGGAACUCGGUAUUGCCAAGUACAACGAGGAGUGUCGUUCUAUUGUUAUGCGCUAUGCCAAAGAAUGGCGAGUAACCGUCGAACGGCUGGGUCGCUGGAUUGACUUCGACAAUGAUUACAAGACCAUGGACCCUAGCUUCAUGGAGUCCGAAUGGUGGGUUUUCAAGCAAUUGUUUGACAAGGACCAAGUUUACCAGGGCCACCGAGUUAUGCCCUACUCUACUGUCCUCACCACUGCUUUGAGUAACUUCGAGGCCAACCAGAACUACCAAGACGUGACUGAUCCCGCGGUCGUCGUUACAUUCCCUCUUGUUGAUGAACCCGAUGUCAACCUGCUUGCUUGGACAACUACUCCCUGGACGCUGCCAUCGCAUCUCGGACUUGCAGCGCACCCCGAUUUCGAGUACGUCAAGAUCCUGGAUGAGAAGAGCGGAAAGACAUACAUCCUACUCGAAAAGCUCCUUGGAACUUUAUACAAGGACCCCAAGAAAGCUAAGUUCAAGAUUGUGGAGAAGAUUCUCGGCAAGGACAUGUUGGGAUGGAAGUACACGCCUCCAUUCAACUACUUCUACGACGAGUUCAAGGAUGUUGCCUUUAAGGUUCUGAACGCCACCUAUGUUACUGACGACAGUGGUGUGGGAAUUGUCCACCAAGCUCCAGCAUUCGGUGAGGACGAUUACAAUGUCGCCGUCGCCGCAGGCAUCGUUACUGAGAACCGAUCACCUCCUGACCCCGUCAAUGACACCGGCCACUUCACUGACCGAGUUUCCGACUUCAAGGGUAUGCAUGUCAAGGAAGCUGAUAAGCACAUCAUCAAAUACUUGAAGAACGCCGGUCGCAUCGCCAACGAGUCUCAACUUAAGCAUUCUUACCCCAUGUGUCCUCGCUCAGACACCCCCCUAAUCUACAGGGCUGUUCCUUCCUGGUUCAUCCGCAUCCCCGACAUCAUUCCCGACAUGCUCAAGAACAUUAAAGAAACUCGUUGGGUUCCAUCAUUUGUCAAGGAGAAGCGUUUCGCCAGCUGGAUCGCCAAUGCUCGCGACUGGAACGUCAGCCGAAACCGAUACUGGGGCACACCUAUCCCUCUGUGGGUCAGCGAGGAUCUUGAAGAGAGAGUCUGUGUAGGAAGCGUUCAAGAGCUCCGUGACCUAAGUGGCUACGAGGGCGAUCUCACUGACCUUCACCGUGACAAGGUUGAUCACAUCACAAUCCCUAGUAAAAUGGGCAAAGGUCAACUGAAGCGUAUUGAGGAGGUGUUUGACUGCUGGUUCGAAUCUGGAAGCAUGCCAUACGCCAGUCAACACUACCCCUUUGAAAACGUGGAAAAGUUCGAACAGUCGUUCCCUGGAAACUUCAUUGCAGAAGGUUUGGACCAGACCCGUGGCUGGUUCUAUACCCUUACAGUUCUGGGUACUCAUCUGUUCGGCAAAUCACCAUUCAAGAACUGCGUGGUCAACGGAAUUGUGCUUGCAGAGGAUGGCAAGAAGAUGUCGAAGCGACUCAAGAACUACCCUGAUCCUUCUAUCAUCAUGUCCAAAUAUGGAUCUGAUGCUCUUCGACUCUACCUUAUUAACUCGCCUGUUGUGCGAGCCGAGCCACUGCGAUUCAAGGAGUCCGGAGUCAAGGAGGUUGUCCAGAAGGUCCUCCUUCCUCUCUGGAACAGUUACAAAUUCUUUGAGGGUCAGGUUGCUUUGCUCAAGAAGGUCGAGAAUGUCGACUUUGUCUGGGAUCCCAAAUUGGAGGCCACAAACACCAACGUCAUGGACAGGUGGAUUUUGGCAUCUUGCCAGUCACUAUUGGCAUUUGUCAACCAAGAGAUGGAGGCCUACAGAUUGUACACGGUUGUUCCUCGACUUUUGGGUCUUAUUGACAACACGACAAACUGGUACAUCCGAUUCAACCGAAAGCGACUUAAGGGAGAGAAUGGACUUGAUGACACUCUGCACGCCUUGAAUGCUCUAUUCGAGGUGCUUUUCACUCUGUGUCGUGGUCUAGCUCCCUUUACACCUUUCCUCACGGACAACAUUUACCUCAAGCUCUUGCCUCACAUCCCCAAGGAACUCCAAGGCGAUGACUCCCGUAGUGUUCAUUUCCUACCAUUCCCCGAUGUGCGUCAAGAGUUGUUUGAUGAGGAGGUAGAGAGACGUGUCGGUCGUAUGCAGCGUGUCAUCGAGCUUGCUCGUGUGUCGCGUGAACGCCGUACCAUUGGUCUCAAACAACCGCUGAAGACCCUCGUGGUGCUUCACUCUGACUCCCAGUACCUGGAAGAUGUCAAGUCGUUGAAGAAUUAUAUCAGCGAGGAGCUUAAUGUACAAGAUCUUGUGCUUUCUAGCGAUGAAUCCAAGUACAACGUGCAGUACAGUGUCACCGCAGACUGGCCUGUACUCGGAAAGAAGCUCAAAAAGGACAUGGCCCGCGUCAAGAAGGGUCUGCCUCUUCUUACCAGUGACCAGGUGAAGGGAUAUCUCCAAGACAAGCACAUCGAUGUCGAUGGCAUUCGCCUGGAAGAGGGUGACCUCGUUGUGCGCCGAGGCGUCAAGGAGGACGACUCCUCAAAGAACUUUGAGACCAACACGGAUAGCGAAGUGCUCACCAUCCUCGACACAGAGAUCCACCCGGAGCUGGUAGCGGAGGGUCUUGGUCGUGAGAUCAUCAACCGUGUGCAGCGACUUCGAAAGAAGGCAGGACUCGUGCCCACAGACGACAUCAAGAUGGAAUACAGAGUUGUUGCUGACCCUGAGGAUGUGGGCUUGUCAGGUGCUUUCAAGUCGCAGACUCCUGCUUUUGAAAAGGCCUUGCGUCGACCUCUCGAGGAGGCAAGCGCUGAAACUCAAACCGAGGGUCUCAUCGCAGAAGAGGAGCAAGAAGUCCAACAAGCAACAUUCAUUUUGAGAUUACUCAAGCUGUAA